GAUAAAAAAUAAUUAAUACAUAGAUAGUUCAUAAGAUGGUCCAGAAAUAGAAAUUCAAUUACAUUAAUAAUAAAACGUAGAUUCGUCCGAUAACAGUGGAGAUAAAUAAUAUAUUGAUGCAAAUAUAGAAUAUGAAUAAUUUAUAAAACAACCAUAUAAUAAAUAAAAUUGUUUCUAAAAAUUUAUUUAAAAGUUCAAAAAAUAACCAAAAAAAGAAAAAGAACGUUUUAUAUAUUUUGAUGGUAUUUCUGAACCUAAAAACUAUGUUAAAAAUCUAGUCAAAAACCAAAAAUAUAACAUAUUAACAUUUGUUCCAUUUGUACUAUAUAAUUAAUUUAAGUUUUUUUUUAAUUUUUUUUAUCUUCUUAUAUGUAUUUCUUAAAUUAUUCCUGCAUUGACUGUAGGUUUUUUAUUUACUUAUGUGGCUCCUCUUGCAUUUGUUUUAAUUUUAACAAUGUUAAAAGAUGGUUAUGAUGAUUACAAAAGAUAUAAAAGAGAUAAAGAAGCAAAUUCUUCAUUAUAUGAUGUAAUAGUAAAAGGUAAAAUUAAAAAAAUAAGAAGUGGUAAUUUAAAAACUGGUUAAAUAAUUCGCGUCGAAACUAAGUAAAGAAUUCCUGCAGAUUUAUUACUUUUAAAUACAUCAGAGCCUACAGGAACUGUUUUCAUAAGAACAGAUCAAUUAGAUGGAGAAACUGAUUGGAAAGUCAGAAGGGCAAUAAGACAUACUUAGAGUAAUUUUAUUUUUACAUAUAAUAAUAAUUAUAAUAAAUAGGCAUAGUAUAAUAUAAUGAUGGUCUAAAAUUAUUUAAUUUAGGCAGUUAUGUAUAAAUAAAUCCGCCAUGUGAAAACAUAUAUGAAUUCCAAGGCUUAUAUAAGAACAAUGAAAUAUAAGAAGGUUUAAAUUUAGAAAACACUUUAUGGACAAACACAAUAUUAGCAACUGGAAAUAUAUGGGGAUUAGUCCUUUUUACAGGUAAAGAAACUCGAAUAGCCAUGAAUUAAUAAAAUCCUUAAAGUAAAUUUGGAAAAUUCGAUGAAGAAGUUAAUUAGCUUUCAAAAGUACUUUUUUAUUUUAUGUGUAUAUUGUCUUUUUUAAUGAUAUUUUUUAAUGGUUUUAGUAAAUUUUGGUUUAUUUAAUAUUUUAGAUAUUUAUUAUUAUUAAGUUCAAUUAUUCCAAUAUCUUUAAGAGUAAAUAAUGAUUUCGCGAAAAGUUUUUUUUCAUAUAGAAUUUAAAAUGAUCCUGUUAUUAAAGGAACAGUAGCUAGAAAUUCAAAUAUUCCGGAAGAAUUAGGCAGAAUUUAAUAUCUUUUAGCAGACAAAACAGGCACUUUAACUCAGAACGACAUGAUUUUUAAAAAAAUUGUUAUAAACGAAAAACAAUAUACAAUUGAAGAUCUACCUGAAAUAAAAAAUACUUUAAUUAAAAUGUGUUAAAAAUUCAAUUCACCAUUGCCUGAUAUAGAAAAUGGAGAAAACCAAGAAAAUAAAAAAAAUAGACGUAAGAACGAACUUAUAAUAAGAGAUGUUUUCACAGCAUUAUCAGUAUGUCACAAUGUAACUCCUGUAAUAGAAAAUGGAGAAAAAACAUACUAAGCAUCUAGUCCUGAUGAACAUGCUUUAGUAAAAUUUUCAGAAAGUUUAAAUAUGCGAUUAGAAUAAAGAAGUGAGGAAUAAAUAGUUAUUUUAAAUGCAAAUAAUACGUAAGAAACAUUCUUAGUACUAGCUAUUUUUCCAUUUACUUCUGAAACUAAAAGCAUGGGAAUACUUCUAAGGCAUCAACCAUCUAGUAAAAUAAUUUAUUAUUUAAAAGGUGCGGAUACUAUUAUGAUGUAGAAAGUAAAUCCUUAUUUUAAAUCUUUUGUAAAUGAUGACUGUGAUAAUUUAGCUAGGGAAGGCUUAAGAACUCUAGUUUUUGCCUAAAAAUGCAUAUCUGAGGAAUUUUAUGCUAUAUGGAAAGAAAAAUAUAAAUAAGCACAAGAAUCUCUUUAAGAUAGAAAUUAAUAAAUUCGAAAUAUAGCUUCUGAACUCGAAACAAACAUGGAAUUAAUCGGUAUUACAGGUGUUGAAGACAAGUUAUAAGAAGAAGUUUGCAACACUAUCGAAAAUCUACGUCAAGGAGGUAUUAAAGUAUGGAUGUUGACCGGUGACAAGGUCGAAACAGCAAAAUGUAUAGCAGUUAGUGCUGGUUUAAAGAGUGUUAACUAGGAAAUAUUCGAGAUAAUUGAUUAAACAGACGAAAUGGUUUUGAGAGAAAUGAUCCAGUAAUUUUCCCAUAAAGCCAACUGUGUCUUAUUAAUUGAUGGAACUUCCCUUUGUAAAAUAAUAUCUUCAUGUGAUAAGCUUUUUUUCGAAACUGCGACUUAAGCACCUUCUGUAAUUUGUUGUAGAUGUGCCCCAAAAUAAAAAGCUUCAGUAACUGAAUGUAUAAAAAAAUAUACAAAUAAAAGAGUUUUAUGUGUAGGAGAUGGUGGAAAUGAUGUCGGAAUGAUCUAAUGUGCACAUGUAGGCGUAGGUAUAGUCGGAAAAGAAGGAAAAUAAGCUGCAUUAGCCUCAGAUUUUUCUAUAUUAGAAUUUCGUUAUUUAAAAUGUCUUCUUUUAUGGCAUGGAAGAAAUUCAUAUAAAAAAGCAACAACAUUAAGUCUAUUUGUUAUACACAGGGGAUUAAUUAUUAGUAUUAUUUAAAUGAUUUUCAGUAGCAUUUUUUAUUUUGUGGCUAUUCCAAUAUAUAAUGGAAUGCUUAUGUUAGGAUAUGCGACGUUUUAUACCAGUUUACCAGUUUUUUGUUUGAUUUUUGAUGAGGAUAUUUCAUAAGAAAUGGCUUUUUAGUAUCCAUAAUUGUAUACAACUUUAUAGAAAAAUAGAAAAAUGAAUACUAAAACAAGUAUUUUAUGGAUAUGGAUUAGUAUAUAUUAGGGUUCUGCUAUUAUGUUUUUAGCUGUAACUAUGUUCUAAGAUACUUUUUUAAGUAUUAUAACUAUUACAUUCACAGCUCUUAUAUUUAUUGAAUUAUUAAAUGUUUAUUCUUAAGUAAAAUUAAUUUAUAUUUUUUCAUAUUUAUAAAUUUAAAAGUUACAUAAAUUACAUAUGGCAAUGAUUAUUAGUUAAUUAUUUACUUUUUUAACUUAUUUACUUAGUAUUUUAUUCUUAAAUAAUUAUAUUAAUACUGAAUAAAUAACCUCUGAGUUUUUUGUAAAAGUUUUAUUAAUUUGUGCUGCAACUUGGCUACCUUUACAUACUUUUAGAGUAGUUUAAUAAUAUUGUUAUCCGAACGAAGAGAAAAAAAUUAUGAGGUAGGUUAUUACUUUGAAGGAUUUUAUUAGUGUUUUUGUAGGAUUUUUAGUCUUUUUUAUUCUUUUAUUUUUAUAUUAAAAUUGA